AGCGCUCGGGCCUUGAAAGAGUGGCGGGCGGCGGGAGCGGGAAAGCAAACGCCGGGAAUCCCGGGAAAACGCCGGGAAUCCCGGGCAGAACGGCACGGCUGGAAGGGCUGAGCGGGCACCCGAGCUGCUUAGGGGGAGGGGUCUCUGAGCUCUGCAUGGAAACUCCAGUGGGUUUUGAGGUGCUGAGUGCACUGAGGAUGAAACGUCUCUGUCUCUAGUGUAAUUUACCCAGAAGAGAAGAAGAAUUUGGGCCUCAGAGGAGUCUUUUUCUUCCCUUGUUGAAGGAAACACCUUAAAAGUACAAAUGGACAGGCAGUGUUACCCUGGUGGCUGCCAGGUGGUUCCAGUUUGGAAGUUGGUGGCCAUGUGGCCAUCAGAAAAGGUGGAGGAGGAGGAGAACGUAAUCCUGAUCAGUGAUGAUGAUGAUGAUGAAGGGGAGAGCACCCAAGGGAGUUCUGUCCUGUUUGUAGAGCCACAGGAGAAGUCUUCCCUGCAAGAGAAGAAAUCAGAAGAGCUGGUGGAUGAGGAGGGGGAUUUAGUGGUCACCUACUGCAAACAAGCCAACGUGAUGCCUCACGCCCGACACGACUGCACCACGCACCCCUUUGAGAGGAGAGAGAGUGAUACUUGCUUCCCCCUUGGGGAAAAUGCAGAUAUUUGUGACCAGUGCUACUGCUACAUCUGUGACAAACUGGCUGCUGAGUGCCAGCUCUGGACAGUCCCUUCUCUGUGCCACUGCAAUGCCCACAACAAGAGCAACUUCUGGAAGGCACAGAGGAACUUUGCCCUGGCUGGAGUCCUGGCCACCUUCAACCUGGAGCUGCUGGAGCUGGACACAGAGCUGCGGCACGGGGGAGAUCUCCUAGAAAAAUUCAUCAGGGAUCUUUCUGUAGCCUAUAACAAAUACCUGACAGGAGAAAGGAUCUGUUCCCCACGACAUGAAUGCUGCUGCCAGCCAAAAUUGCCCCCGGGGCAGUGCAAUCUCUGCAGCUCACGGAACAUGGAGGUCGUGUACAAGUAUUGCGAUGUUUUCGAGCUGGUAACAAGAUUUUUAAAUCGGGCAGAACAAGAAAGCCCCAAAGCUGCUGCUGUCAUGCUGCUGGGAGCAGCCAAACAGAUUGCUCUGCACAAAGACCCUGCUCUGCUCAGGAGCUGUCAGAACCUUGGCCACACUGCUUCCCUAAGGAUUGCUGUCCCAUUUCUGUUCCAAAGGAUCGUAACCCGACUUCAGAGGAUGCUGGUGCUGUGUGACUUCCCAAAACUUCUGUAUGACAAGUUUGUUGAGUUUUUCCAGUCCAUCUCCCUUCCCUGCCACUGCUAUGCCUUCUCAAACAGCUUGAAUGUUUUGCCCUGGGACCACGUGUUACUGACCACAGUUUUAAAAGGCCAGAACAUCACUGGGCAGAGGAGACAGAAAGGAAGGAAAACGUACCUGUGGGAAGCACUCCCUGUCGUGGAGGCUCGAGUGGAGAAACUGCUGGAGAAAAAGAAGUACAGGGAAGUUGUUCGGUACCUGAGAGCUGUGAAAUGCAAUGAAAACCAAAGGCUCCGAGACCUUCGGGAUCUGAUCCCUUUCUACCUGUGCAAAACUGGGAAUUUCCUGGAUGCUGCCCACUCCCUGCUGUUCCCUGUGAACAGCCUGGCCUGCUGCUCUGCCUGCAGGAUCACUCCCUGCCAGUUCAAGGUCUACCUCAAGAUCUUCAGGACAGGCUGUGUUCCCUCUGGGAAUGACAUGCUGGACACAGGGCCGUGGGUUACAGCUGCAGACACUUCCUCUGGGAUCAUACUGACCACAGUUUUAAAAGGCCAGAACAUCACUGGGCAGAGGAGACAGAAAGGAAGGAAAACGUACCUGUGGGAAGCACUCCCUGUCGUGGAGGCUCGAGUGGAGAAACUGCUGGAGAAAAAGAAGUACAGGGAAGUUGUUCGGUACCUGAGAGCUGUGAAAUGCAAUGAAAACCAAAGGCUCCGAGACCUUCGGGAUCUGAUCCCUUUCUACCUGUGCAAAACUGGGAAUUUCCUGGAUGCUGCCCACUCCCUGCUGUUCCCUGUGAACAGCCUGGCCUGCUGCUCUGCCUGCAGGAUCACUCCCUGCCAGUUCAAGGUCUACCUCAAGAUCUUCAGGACAGGCUGUGUUCCCUCUGGGAAUGACAUGCUGGACACAGGGCCGUGGGUUACAGCUGGCUCUCCCCUGAGGAACACUGUGCUAAUUAAGCAGGCACUCAAAUUGCUCUACAGCAGCAAGGCACUCUGCAGGAAUGCCAAAUGUUGGAGUUCCUUCAUCACGAUUUUGGGGAGCAGCAAUAUUUUGGAAAAGAGGGGGCACCUGCUUCCCUUACCCCUGGUAGAGCCCCCCCUUGGCUUCCAAGAGAAUGUGCUGGCAGCCAGUGGCAACUUCCUGGAGGAUCUCAAGUCUGGAGUUAAUGUCUCUUUACCAUCUGCUAUUUUCUCUGGUCAGCUGCACCACGAGGCUUCUCUCAUCCUGGCAGUGCAAGCAGUGCAGCAGAUGCUUUGUUGUGACCUUCCCCACUUGACUUCCUUCUUAGAGAUAGUCCUGGCUUUUGGGAAAAACUUCUGGGCUCUGAGGCUGUUGCUGGACCUGCUUUCCUGUGAGGAGCACACCCUGUGUGGCACUGCCAACCUGCUUUUGAGGGACCUGAGUCGGGAGGAAGGCACCGUGCUGAGAGUGUGGCAGAACCUUGGCCCCCAGUACGUGGGGGAGUUCCUGUGCCUCUUCCUGACCUGCAGACACAAGAGGAUGCAAUCUGUGGGGCUCUUCAGCCUCAACGUGGUCAUAGAGAACCUGCAUCUAUGUCCCUGGGCCAAGCAGCUCUGCACCUUUUUCCACGAGUCAGGGUUGAGGCAGCUCCCCUUUGGCACCACAGUUCACCAGGAAGUUUCCAAGUUUGUCAGUGCUUUCCAGAAGCUCUGAUUGGGACCAAAUCCUCAGGAAUAUUUUCCAGUUGGUUUUUCAUUUAACCAAUCUCUUCCUGGAGAGUUCCUUGGGUUUGCUUUGGUUGUCACCUCCAGUAAGAGUCAGCUAAAAACUGACUUCCCUGGCUCUGGAGUGGGAGCAGAGCCACAUUUUGGGCAUUUCUUGCAGUUCCACAUAUUCAGGAGUUGUUGGAAGAGGCAGCAGGUUGGAAUUGUUUCCAGAAACAUGCAUAGAGCAGCAAGCAGCAACGAAUUUUUCCUCCUGUUGGGACACAAACCUUGCAAGAGUCAACUGCUGAGAGCUUAAACCUGGAAAACAGGGAGCUGAGAACUCCCUCUGCAGCAGUUUGGGGUCAAGUGCUGUUUGCACAGCUCUGAUUUUGGGUUUCAUUCUAAACCAAGAGGCUGGAAGAUAAAACUGAGCUUUACUUUCUUCAAACAACCCCAGUGUGGAGCAGUGGAGAGCUGAUUUUAUUUGGAAAUAAUCCAGCUUUCAGGCUGGGCCUUUAUUUUCUGCUGAAAAUAAGAUUUAGAUUGGUGCAGGUGGCUCUGUGCAUUUCCCAAAUCCUAAUUCUGGGUGGAAUUUGGAGUUCACUGACCUGGGCAGGUGAAAGAACUCUGGAGCCUGGGCUGGGCUCUGCCCUUUUGGGAUCCCUCUGUGCCCUGGGCAGGCAGGAAAAAAACCUCAGUGUGUGCCCAAGGGCACUUUGCACAUUUCCACAGGGGUCUGGGGGCUUCUGCAGCUCUGCUUGUCCCAAAGUUCCCACCAAAAAAUGCACCUGGGUGGAAAUCUGACACCUUGUUCAUUAAAAC